AUGGGUGCUACCGAUGCUAGUGGGCAACUGAUGUUAUUAAUGAAGUUCCAAGGAAUUGACGAUUUGAAAUUAAUCGAGGCUAAAAAGGCAUAUUUGAUAUGCCCGAAAAUGGUGCUGAAAUCCAAAGAAAAUGAUUCCAUUUUGAAAAUCGCACAAAGAAUUAUAGGUGCUACCAAUGUUAGUGGGCAACUGAUGCUAUUAACGAAGUGCCAAGGAAUUGACGAUUUGGAAUUAAUCGUUGCUAAAAAGGCAUAUUCUAUGUACCCGCAAUUGGUGCUGAAGUAUUACGAAGAAAUAAUAAUAAUGCAAGAUAAUAGACACACAUUAUCUAAAUCAACCGGAUCAGCGGAUUCUAGAGCGUCUACAAGAAGUAGAACAAAAAAAAAUGCGCUUAAUGUUGAUGGUGAACAAAGUGGUGUGACAGAGGACGUGAAAAAUCAUGUCGACGGAUAUGGGGCUGCACAUGAAAAAGUACCAGAAAAAAUUAUGGGUGCUACCGAUGCUAGUGGGCAACUGAUGUUAUUAAUGAAGUUCCAAGGAAUUGACGAUUUGGAAUUAAUCGAGGCUAAAAAGGCAUAUUUGAUAUGCCCGAAAAUGGUGCUGAAGUAUUAUGAAGAAAGAUUAGUAUGGCAUGUUAGUGACUAA